ACAAAUCAAAACAAUAAAUUUAGAUAGAACAGUAUUACUUUAUUAUUAUUACUUUUAAAUUUUAAAGAAAAGAUUAAUUUAUUUAAUUCUUUCGAUUCAUUGUUUUUUAUAGAAAAAAAACUCAGGAUUAAAAAAAUGACAACUUUUCAAACUCAACUUUUUUAUGCUUUAGGAAAUAAAACAAAAAUUCUUUCAGAAUUAAAAAAAGUAUUUGUUCGACCUUUGAUUCAAAUAGCUGUAAAAACAAUAAAUCAAGAGUACAUAGAAGAAGGCAUAUUAGAUAGAAUAAGUCAAAAAUACAAUGUAUCAGAAGAAAUUAUAGAUGAAUAUUAUUCAAUUAUUUUUACAAUAUUAAAGAUUCAUUUAAGUACAUUAUCACAAAAUGUCAAACCUAUAGAAUUUAAACAAAUAUUAGAAGAAUUGAGAUUAUCACCAGAAUGUAUUGAUGAUCUUUCUAUAGUUGUAUAUGGUCAAAAGCGGUCAGAACUAAUAUCAGGAUUAAUACAGAAAACAAAAUUUUAUCCACAUUUAAUAUCUUGUAAAUGGCGCAUAGAUAUUACUAUUUCAUCCAGUGUAUUAAAUAGAGUCUUAGAACCAUAUAUUAUUAUGGAAUGGACAUUUAAUAAUGGAAAACGUCAAAUAUUUGAAUUAUCUUUGCCAAAGUUUCACCAAUUAAGACAUGCUAUAGCAACUAUACUUGUGGAAAUGCAAAAAAUUGAAAAACAAUGUGCUGCAAAAAAUAUUGUUUGUAGUUGAUAAUAAUAUAAAUUUUACUACUGUUAAUUUUUUUAUUUUUAUUUUGUAUAGUAUUGAAUUAGAAAUAAUCAAAAAAAUAUAAAAUAUGUAUAAAAAAAAAAAAAUAUAUAAAAAUUAUUUUCUUUAAU